AUGCCAGAACCAGGUGCUAGAGUUGAGUUUAAGAACUACAUGAAUACUCUAUUUGCCCCAUUUGUGAUAUACGGAGAUUUAGAAUGUAUACUUGUUCCUACAGAAGUAAAAGCAGGAAAGAACACAAGAAUUAUACAAAAGCAUAAAGUUAUCAAGUACGGUUACAAGAGGAUAUGCAGGGAAAACUCAUUCUUAACAGGUGAGUAUCAAACGUACACAGGUGAAGAUGCAAUUUCCAAACUACUUACAAACCUAAAGAAAGAACAAAAAGAUUGUAAUAAACUUGCAAGACAAUUUUUUAAUAAGAAUGGCGAGAUGGAAGAUGAAGAUAUACUUCACUAUAGAGAACAAACAAAUUGUUACAUAUGUCAUAAACUAAUAGGCAUAAAAGACAAGUCUCCUUACUUUCAUAGGAUAAAUCUUAACUACCUUGGAGCAGCUCAUGAGAAAUGUAAAUUUAAGAGUUUCAAGAUUCCAAUAGUGUUUCACAAUCUAAGAGGAUACGACAGUCAUCCAAUUAUAAUUGAAGCUUGUAAUCAAAAGAUAGAGCCCAAUGUAAUUGCAACUAAUCUUCAGAAGUACCUGUCAUUCUCAUUUGGACAACAACUAAUUUUCAUUGACUCGUUUCAGUUUAUGUCAACAUCUCUAGAAAAACUUGUGAGUAAUCUCAAAGGCAAAACAUCAAUCGAUGAACUUCAUACUAAGUUUCCAAUUACAGUUAAAAGGUUUAGUGGAGAGGCACUCUAUCUUGUAACUCAAAAAGGUGUAUUUCCUUAUGACUACUUUGAUUCACCGCAAAAACUAGAUGAAACUUCACUCCCACCUAAAGAAGCAUUUUACUCUACUCUAUACAAGUCGCACAUUUCAGAUAAUGAUUACCAGAGAGCCUUGAAAGUAUGGGAUCACUUUAAGAUGAAGACGUUCAGAGACUACCUCGAUUUAUAUCAAGAAACGGAUGUACUACUAUUAGCAGAUACAUUUGAAAACUUUAGGUCAACGUCUCACAACACCUACGGACUUGAUCCCGCAAAUUAUAUAUCUAAUCCAUCACUUACCUGGGAUGCAAUGUUAAAAGAUAGAGAUGAGAAAGGAUGGGUUAGGUCUUGAAUUAAUAAGUGAUGUUGAAAUGUAUCAGUUCUUCGAAAAAGGAACACGUGGUGGUGUCUCACAGAUUUCUCACAAAUAUGGAAAGUCUAAUAACAAGUUCACGAAAGACUAUAAUCCAGAAGAGGAAAGUACAUUCAUAAAGGACUGGGAUAUGAACAAUCUAUACGGCUGGUGUAUGUCACAGUAUCUUCCCUCAGGAAACUUCAAGUGGGAAGAGGAUUUAGAAAGUCUAAACUACAAGGACUUCUUAGGUGAUUCCCCAAGAGGCCUAGUUCUUGAGGUAGACUUAGAGUACCCGAGUGAACUUCAUAAUUUACAUAAGGACUACCCACUUGCCCCACACAAGAUGAAGGUAAGCGAGGACAUGAUAUCUCCGUAUAACAAGAAGAUAAGAGACAAGUUAGGUUUGUCGACGUCUGAAGUUGAGAAGUUACUUACAACACUUUAUGACAAGAAGGAGUAUGUACUUCAUGUAAGAAAUCUUGAUUACUAUCUUUCUCUUGGAAUGAAACUUACAAAGAUUCACAGAGCAAUAUCAUUUGACCAAUGA